UAGUGAACGAGGGUUCAAUGUAGGUCUGUUUGGACACAGAAAGGCAGGCAGGGUCGUUUAAUCUAUUUUAUUAAUUAGACCAGAGACGGAAUCAAUUGGUUUAAAAUGUUGUGCCAUGUAACGCGGCCGGACUCGGUGGUGAUGGAGGUGGAAGUCGAUGCGAAGGCGAAUGGAGAGGACUGUCUGAUCAAGGUUUGUCGAAAGCUGGGCAUCAUCGAGGUGGAUUACUUUGGGCUUCAGUUCUCCGGCAGCAAAGGAGAGAACCUUUGGCUGAACCUGAGGAACCGAAUCUCGCAGCAGGUGGAUAACGUGACCCCCUGCAGGCUCCGACUGAGGGUCAAGUUCUUCGUGGAGCCCCAUCUGAUCCUGCAGGAGCAAACCAGGCACCUGUUCUUCAUGCACGUGAAGGAGGACCUGCACCGCGGGCACCUGCGCAUGUGCUCCGAACAGGCCGAGGAGCUGAGCGCCCUGCUGGCGCAGGCGGAGUUCGGCGACUACAACCAGAACACGGCCAAGUACUGGUACACGGAGCUGUGCGGCACGGACCCCGACCAGGACACGGUCAACAGCAUCGUCGACCGUCACAAGGCCUUGAAGGGGCUGAGCCAGGGCACGGUGGAGUACCAGGCGCUGCAGCUGGUGGCGUCUCUGGAGCAUUACGGCGUGGAGUGGCACUGGGCGCGGGACGCCGAGGGCCUGAGGCUGGCGAUAGGCGUGGGGCCCGACGGCAUCGCCAUCUGCCGGGACGACUUCAGCAUCGUCAGCAGGAUUUCUUACCCGUUAAUCCAGAUCGCCACCCAGUCGGGGAAGAGCGUGUACCUGACCGUGAUGAAGGAGAGUAACGACAGUGUGGUGCAGUUCUUUAAGCUGAUCAGUAACAGAGCGGCGAGCGGACUGUACCGGGCCAUUACCGAAACGCACGCUUUCUACAGAUGCGACACGGUGACGAACGCGGUCAUGAUGCAGUACAGCCGCGACUUCAAGGGUCACCUGGCCUCGCUCUUCCUCAACGAGAACGUCGACCUGGGCAAGAAGUACGUCUUCGACAUCCGCCGCACGUCCAAGGAGGUGUACGACCACGCCCGGCGCGCCCUCUACAACUCCGGGGUGGUGGACCUGAUGUCCCGGCCCGGGGCUCGGUCCCCCUCGUCCUGCUCGAGCAGGGAGCCGGAGUGCGGCGGGUGCCAGCAGAGCCGGGCGCUGCAGGAGAAGCUGCAGAAGCUCCGGGAGGCGUUCCUGUGCAUGGUGUGCUGCGAGGAGGAGAUCGACGCCACCUUCUGCCCCUGCGGGCACACCGUGUGCUGCCAGAACUGUGCCACGCAGCUCCAGUCGUGUCCAGUUUGCCGAUCGGACGUGGAGCGCGUCCAGCACAUCUACCUGCCCACCUGCUCCAGUCUGCUCAACCUGACCCUGGCUGGCAGUGCCAGUCCAGCACCCAUCCACCGCUCCAUGGCGACACAUACCUGCACUAACGCCGUCUACUCCAGCAACGACAAGCUCUGCCAGGCGUGAACCCACCUGCUGAUCGUCCGCCGCGUUUAUUUUUUAUUAUUAUUAUUUAUUCCGAGUCUCUGAUCUGAUCUGGUUUUAAUCCACCAAUGAAGAGACUUUUAUCUUUAUCAUCUUACAUGAAGCGUAUCAGUUGAUCUGAAACAACUUUUAUUCUUUAUUUUCGGUCUUUCUAAACCGCACUGAUGCAAUUUAUUGUUUCUUAUUGUAUUUUAGACGUUUGUUUUGUUGCAUUGUUCUCUUAUUUAAUUUUAUUAUUGUUAUUAUUAUAGGACUUCCACUUGAUUGUAUUAAUUUUUGCAGUGGAAUCGAGUGCAGUAUUUAUUUUACGUGUCCAAACUGAUGCUGAAGCUACUAACACUCCAGACCGAUGAAAUCAGCCCGACUAAAAGCCUUGAUGUGAAUUUUUAUAUUGAUAUCGGCGCCCGCUCCAUUCCACCGACGUCCCCCGGAAGCUCAGCCGAGCCACGAAGGGAUGAAGGUUUUAGAAGCGUAACGGAUUUCUAUAGAUAUAAAUAUAUAUUGAUGUACAGCGUCACUUUACCCAGAAGUUUAAGGCUUUGAGACCUUAAUUGUAGCAGUAACACAGUGUGUUGGUUAUGCGUCCUUUCUUUGCACAGACUCUUGUCGAUAAAUAAAUAAAUGAAGAGGAAUGUAUUUUCUGUACGGCUGAUUCGGGUCAGUACGAGGGAUUAUUUUUCCACUUUGUACACAGUAGGUUUUGUUUCUGUUUGUUUGAAGCAAAAACUACGAUCUGUACAUGUAGAAUCUUUUUAUAUUUCUUUGAAGGAAGUGUGAAUAAAGUUGUGAGUAAAAUUAAAA